AUGUCAGUAUCAUCGAACCGCCGUCCGGAGAGCCCGGUCAACCUUCGCACCCAGAAGCGCCUGGCCGCCUCCGUUGUUGGCUGCGGCAAGAGAAAGAUCUGGCUUGACCCCAACGAGGUCAGCGAGAUCUCCAACGCCAACUCCCGCCAGACCAUCCGCAAGCUCGUCUCCGAUGGCCUGAUCAUCCGCAAGCCCGUUACCAUGCACUCGCGCUCCCGCGCCCGUGAGCUCAACGCCGCUCGCCGCCUCGGUCGCCACCGUGGUUUCGGUAAGAGAAAGGGUACCAAGGACGCCCGUAUGCCCAGCCAAAUCGUCUGGAUGCGCCGCCAGCGCGUUCUCCGUCGCCUGUUGGUCAAGUACCGUGCCUCUGGCAAGAUCGACAAGCACCUUUACCACGAGCUCUACCACCUGAGCAAGGGUAACACCUUCAAGCACAAGCGCGCUCUCGUUGAGCACAUCCACAAGGCCAAGGCCGAGAAGGCUCGUGAGGCCAAGCUCAAGGAGGAGAUGGACGCCAAGCGUGCCAAGACCAAGGCCGCCCGCGAGCGCAGACAGGAGCGUGUCGAGCAGAAGAGACUCGCCUUCGCUGCCGAGGACGAGGAGAAGAAGGCAUAA